AUGGGGGAGUGGGCCAUGGACGCCGUGACGGGCCUGAGUCGCCUGCGCGUGACAGACUCCCCCCAGGACCUGCCCACCCCCACGAGCCGGCCGCGCCCCCCGCCCCCCGAGUACCAUGAGGCGGUGGGCGGCCUGCACCGCGCCCCCCGCCCCCCGCCGACACCGGCCUGCAGAAGUAUGCCUCGGAGACCUGCCUGCUGGGGGGCGGCGGAGGGAGCACAGGGGGCGCGGCUGAGGGUGGGCGGCGCGGCAGGUCACAAUCCAACGCCGCCCUGCUGCGCUCCCCCCAGGGACAUCCCGGCCACGCGGCGCCCCGCCCUGGACUGCCCGCCCCGCCUAGAGGCCUUCCUGCCCUACCACAAGGCGCCUCCUGUACAGGGUGUCGGGGGCGCCGCGCCCUGCCACCCCAUCCCCAUCCUGGCCACGCCCGCGCCGCGCCGUCCCAGCCUGGACUGCCCCCCACUGGCCACGCCGCGCCGCGCCCCAAGCCCACAACGGGACAGCCUGCAGGCGCCCCCCGCCCCGCCUAGGGUGUGUGUGGCCAGGAGCCCCAGCCUGGACGCCUGCCUGCACACCCUGGGGGGCGCCGCGCCCUGGGCCGUUCACCAACAAUAUCCCCAGGAGACCGUGGGCGUGGGCGUGGGCGUGGGUACGGGUGGCACGGAGCUGCUGGGUGUGACCGCAGGCGUGGGCGUCUGCGGCAAGGCGGGGCGCAGCAAAAGCCCCAGCCUGGACUCCGGCGUGUUCCUGGAGGCGGUGCAGGCCGCGCCCACGCCGCCGCCCCCCACGCGCCGCCCCUCACACCCCCCGCAGGAGGCCCCGCUGCUGGGCAGGGCCCCGCGCCUCCGCCCUACCCCAUGGCCCGCCCGCAGCCCCGCCCCCCACCAGCAGGACAAGGGCGCCUCCACCACCGCCACCACCACCACCACCAACAACCUGGUAGUGACCACCCUGCGCCACAACACAGGCCGUAGGAUGCACCUGGACAAUUACACAGGCAGUCAGGCGGGGUCCCCAGAGCCCCUCAUGCCCUCUGAACUCACCUGUGACCUUGGGGGGCUGAUCAGUCCUCUUGGGGAGUCGCCACACACCUCCCCGUUAGGACCCCCCGCCUUCUCCCCGCCUACUAUAAGUGUGGAGGCACCGCAAGACACCACAGGGGCGUCCCAGCUUGCCACGGCCAUGACAGCCCUUGGGGAACUGCACGGGGACCUCUAUCUGUCAGGGGAGGAGUGGCCCCCGUCCCUGGAGAACAUGCUGACGGCGCUCCCCGGUGGGUCGUCCCUCCCACAGUUAGUUGUGACGGACCCCCGGCAAACCCAGGAGCUGUUCAGCAUUCCCACGCCCACACAAAACGCUCCUUCUACGGACCUCCUUGACCUGCCUACCACCGAAGGCUUUGACAUGUACCUCGGGGCCGCCUCCCCCAUGAGCGUGUCCCCCGGGGGUUCUUCUCUUCCCUCGCCCUUCGCCUCUAACCGCGGGUCCUUCAGCUCGUCAAGACGCAGGCAGUGUUCCACCUCCCCUAUGCACGUUGAUGGUCUGGACUGGCACGCCAUCAUCCGCUCCUCGCCUACCUGCCUCCCCACAGCCUCCCAGGGGCCCACUCUCUCCUCGUCCCCGUCAGGAGGGAGCUACGGGCACCUUCUACCACGCCCUGACACCCUACAGCCACCACCACAGCCGCCACAGCCGCCACAGACACCAGAACGAGGCUACAACUUUGAAUCCUUGGUUAGAGACACCACGCAUAAGACACUCAAAGUUGAACCUGACCUCUCGCCUCCUUCCGCGACCUCUGCAGCGACCAACACGGGCCAGAGUGAGGAGGAAGGGCGUCCCGGAUCCCCUGCGGAAGAUGAUGGGCCGCGCAUGUGUAGAUGGGUGGACUGCAACGCAUUAUUCGGCUGUCGGGAGGCGCUGUCGAGGCACAUUGAGAAAGCACACAUUGAUCAGAGGAAGGGAGAUGACUUUACGUGUUUCUGGGCGGCGUGUCAGAGGAGGUACCGCCCCUUCAACGCGCGGUACAAGCUGCUAAUUCAUAUGAGGGUACACUCCGGGGAGAAACCUAACAAAUGCACCUUCAACGGAUGCAGCAAGGCCUUCUCUCGCCUGGAGAACCUCAAGAUCCACCUACGCAGCCACACAGGGGAGCGUCCUUACAUAUGCGUGUAUCCUCACUGCAUGAAGGCUUUUUCAAACUCCUCAGACCGCGCAAAGCACCAAAGGACACACGUGGAUGCGAAACCGUACGUGUGUUCGGUUGCCGGGUGCAAGAAGCGGUACACGGACCCUUCAUCACUCAGGAAGCACGUGAAGAACCACACAGCGAAGGAACAGGCACUGGCUAAGAGAAAGAUUCAUUCUCCUGACGAAGAGACGAGAGGACAAACGCCCCCCGGCCUCCUCUUGUCCCCACCCUCCGUCCUGGACCCUUCAGCCCUCCCACAGGACCAGUUCCAUUACAGCGACAGCCCCGUCCCAAGUCGGCGCGCCGGGGGACGUGGUGCGGUUCAGCCUGCGGUGCCACGUGCUGUCUCGCCGCCCCGCCGUGGAGACGCCGCCUCCUCUGGGCCUACCGGAGACUCUAGUGCCAGAAUUCACUCAAGAGGACCUGGACGCGUGGGUGAGCAUCUUCUGAGCCUUCAAGACCCCCAACAAGAACGUCAACAUUUAAUUCCCAAUGAGAACAUCUACGUGUCUGAUUUAUAUUACGAGUCUAGUUACUGCCAGCCUCUCCAGUACCCAGCUACCAGUACAGGCCACCUUUUCACCUAUUCCCAGGCACCCUACGCAGCCUACACUAACCCUAAUGACCCUAACUGCGUCUCUAACCUCCACCCUAGCCAGCCGUACCCAGCCCAGCACGGCACUUGAUUGACAAAGGCUGGUGGUGUUGUAGUUGAUUGGUGACUCUUGAAAAAGUUACCUGGAUGUAUCAAACUAGGCGGCGGUGGUGGUGAUGGUGGUGGUGGUGCCCUCUGGCGGCGGUCCUGGCAUUCUCUAUAGCCUUGGCGUUCUCCAGGAUCCUAUUGGGGUUCUCUAGGGUCUUCUAUUCGUUCUCUAGGGUUCUCUUGGGGUCUGGCGUUCUGCAGGGUCUUUUCUGGGGUUCCUUAGGAUGGUCUCAGGAUCCUCUGCAGUUUCCCGCCGCGCAUAUACACUGAAGCUAUCUUGGUGAGGGGUUAGCAUACCAAGGCUAUCCCCCCCUUCUCUCUCUCUCUCUCUCUCUCUCUCUCUCUCUCUCUCUCUCUCUCUCUCUCUCUCUCUCUCUCUCUCUCUCUCUCUCUGUUGCUGAUUUGACUGGAAUGCUGGAAGAGUACUGGAACCAAUGUAAGGCUCUUUGUAGCAGUUCUGGAAUGCAUUUAGUUCUGGAAUGGUGCUGGAAUCUGUUUGUUUUUCAUCUUUAUUUUUUAUGGUACUGGAAUGUACUAACGUUUUCUUCAGUACUGGAAGCAAUGGAAGAUAUUUUAACUACUGGAAUUUUUUUUCAGUGCCUGGAAUGGUGCUGGAAUUUUUUUUUAAGAUUCCUGGAAGUAUUGGAAUCUACUUGUAGUUUUUUAAGCUCUGGAACAAUACUGGAAUUCAUACGAUGUUCUGGAAUCUUACUGGAAUGCAUUUGUAAAGGUUUCUGGCAUUCCUGGAACCUGUUCAAGUUCCUUUUUGCAACGAUGGAACUUUUUUCUUAUUUAGACAGUACUGGAACCAAUUGUACACUUCUGGAAUAGUCUGGAAUGGUCCUGGCAUCUAUUUUUUAUUGUUUGUUACGGUGUCGGAACGUAAUCAAGCUAUUUUUAGUACUGGAACCAUUUUUUUUUCUCUUUUAAACAGUACUGGAAACUAUUUUUUCUUUUAAACAGUACUGGAACCAUUUUUUCUCUUUUAAACAGUACUGGAACUAUUUUUUUCUCUUUUAAACAGUACUGGAACUAUUUUUUCUCCUUUAAACAGUACUGGAACCAAUUUCAAACUUCUGGAAUGAUCUUGGAAUCCAUUUUUUUCUUCAUCUACAACAGUACUGAAUCUACUCAAGGUAUUUUUAGUACUGGAAUUAUGAUAAUUAUUAUUAUUUCUUGGGGGCGGCUUCGAAGCAGUACUGGAACCAAUUUCAAACUUCUGGAAUGGCGCUGAAGUUCAUUCUUUUUUAAACUUGUUUGGAACAGUACUGGAAUAUACUCGUUAUUUUUAGUAAUGGAAAUAUUUAUUUUUUUCUCUCUCUUUCACAAUUUUGAAUCCAUUUGUAAAGUUUCCAGGGACAGUACUGGAAUAUCCACUUAUAUUUUGGAAUACUGGAACCAAAUGUAGCGUAUUUCUGGUGGAGAACUGGAAAAUUUAUCAAGGUUCUAGAAAAUAUAUAUUUUUUAAUUCUUUUUGGAACAAUGCUGGAAAACGAAUCCAUUUUUUACGUUUUUUUGCAAUACUGGAACCAAGUUAAGGGGUUUCGAAUACCGAACCUUGUUUUAAAGGAUAUUUGAACCUGUUUUAAGGGUUUUUAGGGGACUGGAACCCGCAUAAGGUCUUUUUAGGGGACUGGAACCCAUUUAAGGUCCUUUUAGGGAAUUGGAACCCAUAAUAUUAAGGUUCCAAGCAAUAUUUUUGGCAAUAUAGGACAUAAGGGUGUUUGUCUGUAUAUAACAGUACAAAAUGAUCGCCUUAAGUGUGUCUGUAUGUACGUAUGUAUGUGUGUGUGCGUGUUUUUGUAAUGUAUGUAUAGAUUUUAAAUUAUUUAUUAUAAUUAUGACAUUAUUAUUUUUUAGUUUAUUAAUGCUAAGUGUAAUUUUCUGUAGGGAUCAGUGUAUGUUUGUAUGUAUGUUUGUAUAGUUAUGUAUAUUUUUAACAAUGUUUAGCUUCGUUAUCCCUUUGUCGUCUUAACCUUCCGUUCAAAAUUAUUAUUAUUAUUAUUAUUAUUAUUAUUAUUAUUAUUAUUAUCAUUAUUAUUAUUAUUAUUAUUAUUAUUAUUAUUAUUAUUAUUAUUAUUAUUAUUAUUAUCAUUAUAUUCAGAACAUUUAUAGAAGUUCGUGAUGCCAAAGAAUCAUACAAGUGUUUCUAAUACACGUGUUUAUUUAUUUGUUGAUUUAUUUUGCUUAUCAUCUAUAUUCAUAUUACUUAUGAUAAUUUAUAUAUUUGUCAUUUAUCUGUUUCCAUUGUUAUUCAUUUUUAUUCUUUAUUGUAAUCAACUACAUGUCUUAUUUUAUUUACUUCUUCUUUAUUAAUACUUCUAUGUAAUUCUCUUUAUUUAUUUAUUCACUUCACUAUCUGUUAUCAUUUCUUACGUAUUUAUUUAGUAUUCAUUCAUUCAUUCAUUCAUUUAUUUCUUGUUGUAAUCUUUCUAUGUAAUUUUCUCUCAUUUAUUUAUUCACUCAAUUAUCAACAUUAUUUUCUCCCCCUUUAAUGUUCACCCAAUACAAUGGACAAGCGUGUCUGGCUCCUUGGCAAACUCAUUGCACAGGACACACGCGACCCUGGGUUCGAUCUCCACAGUGGAAGGCAAGGCGACAAGGAAGACUAUCAGUGCUUUCAGUAGUGUACUAUGGGCCUUAGCAGCUAGUGAGCGAGGGCUGUUAGUGAUUGUUAGACUAUUUUUGUAUGUGUGUGUGUGUGUGUGUGUAUGUGUGUGUGUGAAAGUGAUGAUAAUAAUAAUGGUAAACGUUGUACAGUGUUUUUUGUGAUAAUAAAACUACGAUAACUGUG